GAAUGUGCAUAUACAUGUCUAGCGUCGGUCGCGGCGCUUAGAGCGUAUCUCGUUUCGUCACAAGCGGUACAGCACGUUGCUGUUCGCUGUUUUGUUAUUACUUCAUUCAGGAAAUGACAACAAAUCAAAAAUUCCGUAUUUACUACCCCCUUUGAAUCAAUUAUUUUGUUGUGUUUGUACUUUUGUGGUAAAUCUACCAUAUCGUAUAGUUUUGAUCGAGUGGUGUGUGUGUGAGGGAACUUCUUGUUUUGUUAUUGGUUCUUUGCUGGUGCAUUUCCAUAGAAUGCGUGAAUCAUGACUCCCGGAGGUACUUCAAUGAACUUCAAGAGUUUCUCAGUCCACAUUCACUUAUUCAGUUUAUUUUCGAAUCGGAUUCUGACCAACAUCCGAUUUAUUCUUAGUGAAAACAUGUGUUUGGUUUAGUGAAUAAAUAAAAAUAAUAUCUAGUGCCAAAAAAGUUUCUGAUAAUUAUUCAGUAUUAAUUCGUGUGUAGUGUUUAUGUAAAAAUAAAAUGUAAAUGAUACAAUGCCAUCAAAAAGGCAGUACGAUUUAGUGCAAAAUGACGAUUACGAUACGAGAAUUCCGCUGCAUCCCGAGGAGGCAUUCCACCAUGGAAUUACAUUUCAAGCCAAGUACAUCGGUAUGCUGGACGUACCAAGGCCUACUAGUAAAGUUGAAAUUGUGGCAGCAAUGCGGCGAAUUCGAUACGAGUUUAAAGCCAAAGGGAUCAAGAAAAAGAAGGUGACAAUAGAAGUUUCCGUAGACGGGGUAAAAGUGACACUCAGGAAAAAAAGAAAGAGAAAAAACUGGUUGGACGAUGGAAAAUCGGUCAUCCUCAACCAUCCGAUUUAUAGAGUUUUUUACGUGUCCCACGAUUCUCAAGAUCUCAAAAUAUUUAGUUAUAUAGCCAGAGACGGAUCCUCUAACGUAUUCAAAUGUGCUGUUUUCAAAUCUAGUAAAAAGAGCCAAGCUAUGCGUGUAGUGCGUACUGUGGGUCAAGCUUUCGAAGUGUGCCAUAAACUUUCGUUGAAUAAUCCCGAGCAGGAUCAAGAUGAACAGGAUACGCUUACUCAAGACUUACUCAGCGAUCGUCUCAGUGAUAUAACUAGUGAUAAGCAAAAAAGAGACAUACUAUCAGAAGGUGCCAGUGACAGAAUGUCUUUACCCCCAGACGACUGCAGCUUUAGAGAUCUAGAAAAUUGUAAAAACUCUCGAAUUUCCACUCAGCUUGACAUACUACCACCGCCUCCAAAUACUAACACUAAAAGUAACCUGAUGUCGUCUGCAGAGAUGUAUUCUUCACCUCACAGCGAUGGUAUUACGACAGGUAGUGCAGAAAGUGGUGGGAGUUUACCUCCAGCAGGAAGCGCUCUUUCUACUCACCACGAGAUUCAACUAAUGCGAGAACAACUCGAACAACAAACGCAACAAACACAAGCUGCGUUAGCUCAAUUACAAUUAGCUAGAGAACAAUUAGCCGCCGAGCAGGCUGCUAGACUUGAAGCACAAGCAAGAACUCAUCAACUUUUGAUUCAUAAUAGAGAACUUCUGGACCACAUAGCAGCUUUAGUAGCUCAUCUUCAAGGAAAUGAAAAAUCUGGCCAGCAACCGACUCCUCCACAUAUGGCAAUGCCUCAAUUGACUUCAACAGCGAAAGUAGAGCGUUGGUUUGAGCUGUUUGAACCUUCGUCAAUUUCACGUCCUGAAAGCGGAUUCGUUUCCUAUCAAGAUCAAGAAGCCGAAGAAGACGACGACGAGCGUGAAAUAAUUGAAGGAACUAGAAAUCUAUUAUCAAAACUCAGUGCUAGAAAACAGAGAAAAUUACUUGGACUAAGAUUGGGUAAAGUUACAACGUUUUGACGAUUAGAAUAAUUUUAGGAUCUGAUAUGUACCUACAAUAGAAUAGUUUAACAAACUUUUUAAUUACAUAUUUCUUAAUUCAAAAGUUGUUUAAUAUAGAAGCAAGUAUAAUUUAUGGAUUUGUAAUUAGUUUAAUCAAUAAUAUUCUAUUAAUUUUUUUUUGUAAAUAAUUAUGCAUUGAGUAUAAAUUAGAAACGGUGGAGGGCUUCCAUCACGUGAUUAAGACGUCAACAACAAUAUAUCAAUCAAAUCAAAAUUUCUGUCCAAUCAGUUGAAAUAAUCGUUAUGGCUAAUAUUCCAGAGGUCGGAAUUUAACUUAACAGUAUGAAAUCUAACCUAAUCAUCAAGGCAACACAUACAAAAAUUCAUAACAGACGUCAGAAAUAAAAUUUAUACACAUAUGGGUGGUAGAAAUCUAAAUAAAACAGACAAAUUUUUGAAAAGUGAUAGCUAGAACCCAAAGCUCUUUAUUUCUAACUAAUACUUGGUACUUGAUUUCCUCUGGGGAAUUCCAUAUUUUUUUUAAAGUUCACGCUUUUUAAACAUUUUUUGUAUAUUAAAAUUUUCAUUACUCAGAACCUCGACGAUGAUUCUUACAUUAAAUUACUUUGUAGUAAAAAUAAGAAUUCUAAUCUUCCCGUCUCACGGCAUUUUAGGUAUCAUGAAAUGUCAAAUGUUUACAAGUUGAUGAUUUAUUAUAUUCGUGCUUACCGACCUAAAAUUGAAUAAAAAGUUGAAUCAGUUCUUAAAAGAACUGAUUUUAAUAAUAAAUACACGUUCAAUUCAAUAAUUAGCUAAAAACAACAUAAUAAAAAAAAUUUCACGACAAAUUUAACGUACGGUCAGUUAUUCACGUUACGUCAAUUAUCUCGUUGUCUCUUUUCAUGAUUACUAGUGUCAAAUUAAAUAAACUAUUACGUAUGUCUUGUGAAGAAGACAAUCGAUCUAAUGUUAUUUUUAAUUUCUAUUGAUAGAAGAUAGUAAGUAAAAAAUAAGUGUCUGAUAAACCCAAAAUUGAGUCACGUAAUGGAAGACCUACACCGGCUACAUACCUCUGAAGAAUAAAAUGUUAAUUAUAAUAAUAACUGUAAAUAGUCUAAAUUUACGUGCUCAAGAACUGGACAUUUAUAGGAGUUAACGAUUAUUAAAAAUUAACUAUUUAUCCACAAUCACUAGACGUAAUUAAUGUGACAUUUUUAUGUCUAUUUUUGGUAGUUUUUUAUAGUGGGCUGGUGCCCUUGAAUAAUAGUUUUAUUUUGACAGCUGACAGAACAAUGCAUCAUUCCGUCAUGAGUGAGUUUUCAGACAAAGUAAAUGUAGUCAUGAAAUAUACAAAUCUAAAGUGAAGAAAUUUCUUGAAAAACGAAUGACUUCACAAACUUUGAAAUUCAAAUAAUAUUUCUAAAGUCGACUGUCAAACAUGAAUCAGUGCUGAUGUGAUUGUGGAUAAAACGUUGUAUUAUGAUGCGUUUUAUUCACUCGAGAAAAUUGAUCAAACGAUUCUCGCGAUUAGUUUUUCUAGCAAAUAAAAUAGUAUCCAAUAAAAUCCACAAUCGAUGAAUAUUUAUGACGAAAUAACUUAUAAAUAUGACAUUUUAUAAUUACUAGAAGUAAUUUAUAAUUAUGUGAUGAAUCUAUAUACUUUUUUGUGUUGAAAAUAACUAAUCGUAACUUAUAUAAAUCAUUUUGUAUAUUCCAUAACAAAAUUCUGAGAUAAUGAUUUUAUUUUUAACAAAUAUCUUUUUGACAUUUCGAUACGGUUACAGAUUCUAUCAAAAUAUUUGUUAGAUAUUGAUAACUUUGAUAAAUCGUUAUGACUAAUAUUCCAAGUGUCAGUGUUCACGAUGAAUUAUUGGUUAGAAAAAAAAUUCAACUUUCCAAUUGCAUGGUUAAAUCAACAUAUUUAGCAAAACUCGUUUUGAUAAAAGUAUCGAUAUACUGGGUGAAUAAGUAACAAAAUCCAAAAUUAUUAUCAAAUUUUUACAGGAUAAAUUGAAUUCAAUAUAAGUAGGUACAUAUUUACGUAUUUCAUAAAAUUGACGAAAUAUUUAGUCUUUCAACCGUUACAAGUUUAAUCAGGCACUUUUUUGACGCAAUUUUGACAAUUCUACAAAGAUUUAUGGAUUGUAAAAAAUUAUAGACAUCAUUUAUCACUAAUAGGUAGUAACAUAAGCAUUGUAUUUUUUCCGUCUUACGGCAUUUUAGAUAUGAAAUAUCAAAUGUUGAGGAUGUAUUACAUUCGUACUUACCGAUGUAAAAUUAAAUAAAAAGUCGAAUCAGUUCUCAAAAGAACUGAUUCUAACAAUAAAGACACGUUUGCAUUCACAAUAUCGUUGUCUCUUUACGAUUACAUCUGUCAAUUUAAAGUAACUAUGACAUAUGUCUUGUAGUUGGUGUUCUAUGGACAACAAUCGAUUUUAUGCUGUUAUGUUUGACCUCUAAGUUACUACUUUAUUGGGGUCUUAAAAAAAUCGAUUUUACUUCGAAAACUAUUCGAUACGAGAAAAUGACAAGUAACAUUUAAAAAAAUGUCAGCUGUGAGACAGAUUAAUCCUCGUGUAUGGUAUAUUUUCGUUAUUACUUUGAGGGGUUAUCAAAUAGAAUGUUUAUUAUAAACGAUUGUGUUUUUAUUUUGUUACUUUGUGUUUACUUGUAGUGACAUGAAGGUUAGGAUCAAUUUGUUUAACUGAUCUUAAUGUGUGAAUGAAUAAUAAUUUGAAAAAACUAAUGUCGAAAUGUCAAAAAGUUAUUUUCAAAAAAAACAUUUAUUACAUCCAGAAAAAUUAUUCAUUGAAAUAAAAGUGAAGAGCUCUAAGAAUAAAAAACUGAUUAAGAUUAUACGUAACUAUUUAAAGUUAUGUAAUUAGUUUCGUAGUUGUAUUUUUUGUGUGACUGAUUAUUAUAAUUUUGUAACGCUAGUAAAUAAAUAUUUUUUUUACAUACUA